GCCUGACUUGGCGGAAUUAAGAAUGCUUGUAAAAACAUUAACAGACAAGGUUCAAGGAUACGAACAAGAGUUGACGGAGCUAAAGAGGCAAAAGGUAACUGAAAAUGGAGAUAGGGCUCAUGUUGAGAGUCAUGUGGGGGAAGGCAGUUCCUCACAUCCUGCCACUCUGAGAGAUCAUGAGUCUAGAAGGAAAGAAAUUAGGCAGGAGGAACAGAGAGCCCCACCGACCAUUACUGAUGUGUGGGAAACUGUUAGGAAGUUUAACCCUCCUACGUUUGAUGGUAACCUUAAACCAUCCGUGGUAGAGGAAUGGGUGAAGAGACUCGAAUCCAUCUUUCGAGUAGUCACAUGCACCAGCAAUCAAAAAGUACAAGUAGCAUUAGUGCUCCUAGUGAAAGGAGCAAGAGAUUGGUGGGAGACAGCAGGGCCCAGGGAUGAUUCUACACUCACCUGGGAGGAAUUCAAGGAAAAAUUAUUUAGGCAUUACUUUCCAUCAGAGUUAAGGUCUGAGAAGGAAGCGGAAUUCCAUGCCUUUAAGCAAGGGAACCUCGAUGAGGACACAUUCAUUGCUAAGUUUCAGGAGUUAUCUAGAUACUCCACGUACCUGCAGUAUAGGGAUGAUUCCGAAUGGAAGGCUAAGCGCUUAUUGGAGAAGGCUAGACCAGAAUUGAGGGAACAAUUGGCUCAUCUAGAUAUCCGAGAUUAUGAUGAAAUGUGCAUAAAACUACAAGUAGUAGCUCGCAGUAAGAAGGAGGUUGAGAGAGAGAAGAGGGGUUAUUCAUAUAGUAGACCCCCAACCUACCCUCGACCCACCGGAGGCAUUAUGAAGAAAAACCAUCAGGGUUCGAGUAGCUCAUGGAACCAAGGAAGGCAGAAGGGUCCAUUUCAAAGGGGCCAAGGACAGAGGAGCUAUCAUAGUAGUUAUUACGGGUCACAGAGGAGCCCAACAGUAUCUACCCCUGCCCCGAGUACAGCGAGCUCUCAACAGUGCACUAAAUGCGGGCGUCGUCAUUUCGGACAGUGCUGGGUCUGUUACAUUUGUGGGAAACCCGGUCACAUUGCAAAGUUUUGUGGGGACAACCAGGGCUCAAAUAUGAAGAACCCUUCCCAACAUCCUACUGUCUCUGGUCGUGUGUUUGCUCUUACUCAGGACACCAUGAACUCCCCAGAUGCCAUUAGAGGAGCGAAUCCGGCCGAGAAAGCACCAGAGGUGUAAUUAUGGUGUAUGAGACACCAUCUUUUACGUUGCCUCUUAUUUUGGAUUAUACAAUGUAUCUUGUGCCAACUUAGGACAUAUCUUGUCUAUGGAGCAUGUAAACUCUAAUCCUUUUUAUUAAAUGCAUUUAUAUGUCCAAGAGGAUUAUGUCUGUCCCUUUUGAUUCAUGACCUAAUUUAAAUAACAUGCUAUGAGGAUCAUGUCUGUCCCUCAUGGUUCUAAUUGCUUUUUGAGAUAUUUUAAGACCUGUGGUACAUUGUCUUGGAUGUAUCAUGGUAGAAAUUUUUCUACCAUGAUAAGGGUA